AUGGAUGACUUCAAGAGGAUAAGUGGUCUCGAAAUGAAUCCAGCCAAAUCAGAAAUAUUUUUUUGUGGUUAUGCUGAUAUUGAAGCAUCAGUACUGAGUGAUCUAUCUGGAUUCAAGCUUGGUACAUUCCCAACAAGGUAUCUGGGAAAGAUCAUGCUUAUAGCAUCUCAAAUCUAUGGACUUGUUAACUUCUGGAGUGCAGUUUUUGUUCUCCCUAAAGCCUUCUAUGCAAAGAGACAAGGAGGCCCGAGAGCAAUGAGAGUUAGAAAGGGAGCUAAAGUAAUUGAUGCCACACGUCAAGGGUCCUGGUUUUUGCCUCCUGCUCGUUCGGAUCAAAUCCGUAUGAUUCAGGCUGAGAUAACUACCAUACAACCGCCAAAUGCUUCUCAUGGUUCAGAUCAAUUUCUUUGGCGUAAAUCAGAUGGGACUUUCGGACCGGUUUUCUGUUCUAAGGUCACGUGGGAGUACCUCUGUAUACCCUCUCCUACUGUCUAUUGGCAUAAGGUGGUUUGGUUCAAAGAGUAUAUCCCUAGGAACUCAUUUAUGGCUUGGUUAGCUUUAUUGAGGAGGAUGCCAACAAGAGAUAGGCUACGUCGUUGGGCUUUUGCUUCUCAAAUCUGGCCCAACCCGCCUAAUGAUUUGCAUUCAGCAGCAUCAUGGAUUCUCCAACUGUCUCGGCAGUCUAAUGCCAAUGCCAUCUGCCUAAUCAAGCUCAUAUUUCAGGCCUCUAUCUACCUGUUAUGGAAAGAGAAGAAUGCUCGUAUCUUCACAGCGGUCUAUACUCCACCACGCAUCAUCCAUCACGUCCUGGACCGUCUUCUUCGGGAUCGCCUUCUCUCUAUCAAGGCUCUUCCACCUGCUCAAUCACCCCUCCAAUUCUAUCUCUCCAUCUACCGGCCUCCUUGA